CUGGUUCCUCUUUAUUUUCUUCAUUCCAUUUAUUACAUUGUAUACAUUCUUUUUUUAAAAUUUAUUCAUUCAUUCAGUAUCGUCAGUAAUUAUUCCUAUAGUCUAGUAUGAGUUCACCCACAAGGCAUCGCGUUAUUGCACUCUAUAAGCAGCUUUCAUACUUGGGUCGCGAAUACCCUGCAGGUGCUGAUUAUUUUCAUAAAAAGUUAAAGAGCGCGUUUCUAAAGAAUAAAGACCUCACCGACCCAGCUGAGAUCCAAAAGAGGAUUGAUCUUGGCGAUUAUAUCUGUAAAGAAAUCGAGGCUAUGUACCAUAUAAACAAGUAUAGAGCGAUGAAGAAGCGGUACUAUGAGGAUACACAGGCUGAAAAUAUCCAGAAAAAAAUAGAGAGUACCAACUGGGCUGAUGGUGGCCAAGCUAAACACUAGUGCUCUUGUUAUAUUUCAUUACAUGUCAAUAUAAUAAACGAAUAAAAUAACUCUG